CUCCUCGCGCUCCGGAGCAGCAAGGAAACUGCAGCAGCUCAACGCAAACUUAAGCCUUGGGCCACAACUGAGGCUGCGAGGAAAAGACUGAACUGAGCUCAUCGAGACCCAGGACUAGCCGCCGACCGAGAAAGCAAGAAGGAGAGAGAGGGAGAAAGAGAGGGCGGGCACUGCCUGGGACCCCUGCUGCUGCCUCUUCUUCCUGGUAACGGUGUUCUUUCGGCGCUGGCGAUGGUCAACAUGCAGGUGUGCGCCCUGGACUGCGAGACGCUCCGCGGGCUGCUGGAGAGCGGGGCGGCGCUGGUGCUGGACUGCCGCUCCUUCCUGGCCUUCAACGCCUCGCACGUGGUGGGCUCCUGCAACGUGCGGCUCAGCUCCAUCGUUCGCCGCCGGGCCAAGGGCGCCGUGGGCCUGGAGCACCUCCUGCCCAACGAGGAGGCCCGCGCCCGGCUCCGGCAGGGACGCUACCGCGCCGUGGUGCUCCUCGACGAGCGCAGCGCCGACCUGGAGGCGCCCAAGCGGGACAGCACCCUCCUCCUCGCCCUCCACGCCCUCGCCAGGGAGGCCCGCCAGGCCCGCCUCGCCUUCCUCAAGGGCGGAUAUGAUGCCUUCUCCUCCCUCUGCCCCGAACUGUGCACAAAGCCCUCGGCUCCCAAGGGUCUGACGCUGCCACUCAGCUCCAGCAACGCGCCCGGCAGCGCGGAUUCAAACUGCAGCUCCUGCGGGACCCCUCUGUACGAUCAGGGUGGUCCUGUGGAAAUCCUGCCUUUCUUGUAUUUAGGCAGUGCCUAUCAUGCAUCCAGGAAAGACAUGCUGGAUGCUUUGGGGAUCACAGCCUUGAUCAACGUUUCAGCCAACUGCCCGAACCAUUUUGAAGGGCAUUAUCAGUACAAAAGCAUCCCCGUGGAGGACAGCCACAAAGCCGACAUCAGCUGCUGGUUUAAUGAAGCCAUCGAUUUCAUAGACUCUGUUAAAAACGACGGUGGGCGAGUGUUCGUUCACUGCCAAGCUGGCAUUUCCCGCUCCGCAACCAUCUGUCUUGCUUACCUUAUGAGGACCAAUCGUGUCAAGCUGGAUGAAGCCUUUGAGUUUGUGAAGCAGAGGAGAAGCAUCAUCUCUCCCAACUUCAGCUUCAUGGGGCAGUUACUGCAGUUUGAGUCCCAAGUCCUGGCUCCGAAUUGCUCUGCAGAGGCAGGAAGCCCUGCCAUGUCUGCCUUGGACAGAGGCACUACAACUGUCUUCAAUUUCCCAGUCUCCAUCCCUGUCCACACUUCCACCAGUGCACUAAGCUACCUUCAGAGUCCUAUCACCACCUCUCCCAGCUGCUGAAAGGGCAGGUGCAGGCUGGUUUGCUGCACAAAGACUUGACCCUCUUGCUGUUACCUGAGAUGUGCAAUAGCUGUGGGAGCAGGUGGAUUAGCUUGCAGGAGGUUCCUCUCACUGCAGCUACAGAGCAAUAUAGAAUUACCAGCACAAGUCAGCCUAUCUGACUCCAGAAAGCGAGCUUCUUUCUGCUAGAUGAUCCUGCUGGAGGGACACAGUGUUCUUGACCAAUGUAUGAAUGCCUACAAAGGAGACAAAGCUCGCAGGACAAUGCUUUCUACUCCUGAAAUAUUCCUCGUUAACAGUUUUCUGUCUGUCAGUCUGUUUCAGUAGCAAAUCCGACAGUAUUCUCAAUGCCUGGGUGUGCUAGGCUACAGUAAUAGUGACCCUGUCCCUGUGUGCAAGGAAGUGUUGGUAUUUAUUUAUUUUUUAAACAGUGUAGUUUCCAUUGUGUGUUCUGCCUUUUCAAGUCUGAAGUUUCAUUUUCUUUUAAAGAAACAAAUAUACCUCAGUAUUUUUUGGGUACUGUACACCUGUAAAUACAUCUUAAACUGUUUCUGAAGCACUGACAUUGAAAGCACAACAAAGCAUUUGUGUCUUUUGGUUGCCAACGGUUGUAUGUUUGCAGAUUUUAUUUAUGAUGUGAAAUAAUAUAUUUCUUCUUCUAAAAGAGAAGAUAUGAGUUUUGUUAUGAUUAUGGCUUUUUAUACAAACUGAAUAAAUUAUGACAUUUCUAUUGAAGAAAAAUAA